AUGAACGAACACGACCAGAUCCCGAAGCCGACCAACCGGAAGCCCAAUCGGCAAGAUAAUCGGGAUACUGGCAAAUUCUGUCGAUAUCACCAGCAGAACAGCCACAAUACCGAAGACUGCAUCAGUCUAAGGAAAAUUGUCGAGCGCCUGAUUCGGGAAGGGAAGUUGGAUCAGUACCUUGCCAGGCCGCCACAGGCCCCGGCACCGAAUGCGAAUCGGCAGAUCAACAUGAUCAACACGAUCAGCGGUGGCCCCACCCUGGCGGGACCCUCCAACCGCUCGGCGAAGCAGUAUGUGCGCGCCGCCCACUGCCCUCAGGUUUUCGGCAUAGCGGAGGAUCGGUGCCGAAAGUUGUCAAAGGUGGGAAGGGAGCCCAUCACGUUCAGUGAAGAAGAAGAGGAGGGGAUCAUCUACCCCCACGACGACCCAAUGAUCAUUCGGGCCGAGAUCGCCGAUUACGACGUGGGUCGGGUGCUGAUUGACACCGGAAGCUCGGUGAACGUAAUCUUUGCCGAUGCUUUCAAGGGACUGGGAAUUGCGGAUAGCAUGGUCAAUCGGCAGAUCACGCCUCUCCUCAGUUUCUCUGGAGAUCUGGUACAACCGGUCGGUAGCAUCAGUUUACCCAUUGCCUUCGGCAUGGCCCCCCGGAAGACCAUGACCUAUGACCAAUUCCUCAUUGUUGACUGCCCAACAGCAUACAACGUCAUCAUAGGGCGAACGGCACUCACCAGGAUCAAAGCCCACCUAUCCACACACAUGUUGCUGAUGAAGUUCCCAACACGCAACGGUACCGGAGCCAUCCGGGGAGAUCAGCUCAGCGCACGGACGUGCUAUGCCACGGCCCUUAAGUCGGUAGCCAGCAAACCGCCAAUGGAGGCCAUGACCUUGCAGGGACUACCGAACGGUAACGAACCCAUUGACGACCCCCGGGAGGAAAACCCAACGCCAAUGGCACAGCCCGCCGAGGAGCUGGAGACCAUAAUCCUGAACAAGGAAUUCCCCGAUCGGUGGGUGAAGAUCGGCACCAAUCUUGACCCCGACCUCCGAAGGCAGUUCAUCGACUUCUUACGGCAGCAUGCGGAAGUCUUCGCCUGGUCUUAUGACGACAUGCCCGGCAUAUCACCCGACGUCAUCAGCCACAAGCUCAGCAUCUCCCCUGCCCACAAACCAGUCAGGCAAAAGCGCCGAUCGUACGAUGCCGAACGGUACGAGGCGAUGCGAGCCGAGGUUGACAAGCUCAAAGCCAUCGGCUUUAUCAGGGAAGCUACGUACCCUGUUUGGCUGGUCAACUCAGUCAUGGUUCGGAAAGCCAGGGGAGGAUGGCGAAUGUGUCAGGAUUAUACCGACCUGAAUAAAGCUUGUCCGAAGGACAGUUUCCCCCUACCGAGGAUUGACCAGCUCGUCGAUGCCACCGCCGGGCACGAGCUGCUCAGCUUCAUGGACGCGUAUUCAGGAUACAACCAGAUCUUCAUGGACCCUGCCGAUAGAGAGCAUACGGCAUUCAUCACGGAUCGCGGUUUGUACUGUUACAACGUCAUGCCCUUCGGCCUGAAGAACGCGGGGGCAACUUAUCAACGGCUCGUCAACCGGAUCUUCGCUAAAUACAUCGGCGGCAUCAUGGAGGUUUAUGUUGACGACAUGUUGGUAAAGAGCCGAACGGCAGGGGAUCACCUGGAAAACUUGGCCCUCAUGUUCGGUAUUCUAAAGGACUACCGAAUGAGGCUGAACCCGGCAAAGUGCGCCUUCGGUGUAUCUUCCGGAAAAUUUCUCGGUUUCAUGAUCAGUCAAAGGGGAAUCGAGGCCAAUCCCGAGAAAAUAAAAGCCAUAAUCGACAUGGAGACCCCGAAGACGCAGAAGGACAUUCAGAGCCUUACCGGACGUGUCGCUGCCCUGACACGCUUCAUCUCCAAGGCUACCGAUAAAUGCGUACCGUUCUUCAAAGCCUUGAAAGGGGGCAAACAUCAUAUAACAUGGACUCCCGAAUGCGACCAAGCAUUUCAAAACUUGAAGAACUACAUGAGCCAAGCACCAUUGUUAUCAAAACCACUGCCAGGCGAGGUACUAUUCCUGUACCUUUCGGUAUCCAACACUGCCGUCAGCUCAGUGUUGAUAAGGAAGCCAGAGAAGGCGGAGCUACCGAUCUUCUAUGUCAGCAAGGCGCUCCAGAGCGCAGAACUUCGGUACCCACCCUUAGAGCAGCUAGCACUGGCCCUGGUCGUCUCGGCACGAAGACUUCGCCCCUACUUCCAGGCUCACGAAAUCACAGUUCUGACGAACCAGCCCCUUCGGCAGGUGCUCCAAAAGCCGGAAACAUCUGGCCGAUUGGUCAAAUGGGCAAUCGAGUUGGGAGAGUUUGACAUACAGUUCAAACCAAGGCCUGCAGAAAAAGGCCAGGCCGUUGCCGACUUCAUCUCCGAACUCACACCGCCUGCUUUAUCGGAACCAUCAUCACCGAGCGUCGUCCCCACCGCACCAGAAAAAGUGAAUACCGAACGUUUCGACACUUCUGUUCCUCUCUGGAUCCUGCACGUGGACGGCUCGGCAAACCAGCAAGGCUGUGGUGCCGGCUUAGUUUAA